AUGCUCCGUAGAGCCGCGCCGUUCGCCUUCUCGAGACCGAGGACACCGCCCAACCAUGCGCUACCACGGCCGCCUUCCCGCGGCUCAUCGGCCGCGCCCGACCAGGACACUGCGCGGCGCGCCAUCGCGCAGCAGCGUGACACACGGCUCGCCCGCGGCGGCGACACCGCGGGCGCCCGCGACAUGUUCGAUGGAACGCCGCGCUGGGCCGUGUCCUCCUGGAAAGCUGCGGUCGCGGGCCACGCCAGGCGCGGGAGCGUCGCCGACUCGCUGGACGCCGUCGCACGGAUGCAUCGCUCCGGGGUGGGGCUCACCGAGGCCACCUUCGCGUCGGUGCUCGGCGCCUGCGCCCGCGGGCGGCUAUUCCGCGUGGGCGCGCAGGCGCACUGCCAGGUGGUGAAGUCCGGGUCCGAGGGCUUCCUCGUCGUCGGGGCGUCUCUCCUCGAUUUCUACUCCUCAUGCUUCGAUCUUCGCGGAGCUCGCGUGCUCUUUGAGUCCCUUCAUCCGAGGAACGAGCUGCUGUGGAGCCCAAUGGUCGUGGCGCUCGUGAGGUUCGGCUUGCUGAGCGAGGCUCUGGGUUUGCUCGAGCUCAUGCCAGCGCCUCGCGAUGUGUUUGCAUGGACCGCUGUCAUCUCAGGCUACGCAAAGGGCACAGAUGAGCGCUGUGGCAAGGCGCUGGAGCUGUUUGUGCGGUUAGUGGCUGAUGAUGGUGUCAUGCCAAAUGAGUACACUUAUGACAGUGUUCUGAGGGCUUGUGUGAGGCUUGGAGCGUUAGACUUUGGAAAAUCAGUUCAUGGAUGUCUGAUUCGUAGCGGAUAUGAGACCGAGCAGUUAAUCACCAGUGCUCUUGUUGAUCUUUACUGCACUUCUGAUGCUUUGGAUGAUGCCCUGCAGGUUUACAAUGACUUGGAAAGGCCAUCCUUGAUCACAUCCAAUACGCUGAUUGCAGGGCUUAUAUCAAUGGGCAGGACAGAUGAUGCUAAGAUGGUUUUCUCACAGAUGCCAGAUCAUGACUCGGGCUCCUACAAUCUGAUGAUCAAGGCAUAUGCAAUGGACAGAAGGAUUGAGGAUUGCCAGAGGAUGUUUGAGAAGAUGCCUCGGAGAAACAUGGUGUCCUUAAACUCCAUGAUGUCGGUGUUUCUCCAGAACGGAAGGUUGGAGGAGGGGCUGAAGUUGUUUGAACAGAUAAAGGAUGAGAAAGACACAAUAACGUGGAAUGCUAUGAUUUCAGGUUACAUUCAACAUGAUCAGCCUUCAGAAGCUCUAAAGCUAUUUGUGGUCAUGUGCCGGCUGUCCAUUGAAUGCAGCCCUUCUACAUUCUCUACUCUAUUGCGUGCCUGUGCAACUAUUGGAACUCUUGAGCAAGGCAAAAUGGUACAUGCUCACCUCUGCAAGACUCCAUUUGACCCCAAUGGUCAUGUUGGAACAGCCCUUGCUGAUAUGUACUUUAAAUGUGGUUGCGUGAGUGAUGCACGAUCUGCAUUUGGUUGCAUCACAUCGCCUAAUGUUGCUUCUUGGACAUCACUCAUCAGUGGGCUCGCCCAGAAUGGUCACUGGCUGGAGGCUCUAGUACAAUUUGGGAGGAUGCUGAGGCAUCAUGUCAAUCCGAACAAAAUCACUUUUUUGGGUCUCCUUAUGGCUAGUGCUUGUGCUGGUUUUGUUAACAAGGGGAUGAAAAUGUUCCACUCUAUGGAAAACUAUGGACUAGUUCCAACUGUGGAGCAUUAUACUUGCGCUGUCGAUCUUCUUGGUCGUACCGGACGUAUCAGAGAAGCUGAGAAGUUCAUCUCUGAAAUGCCUGUGCCAGCAGAUGGUGUGGUAUGGGGAGCCCUACUUACUGCCUGCUGGUAUUCAAUGGACCUGGAGAUGGGUGAGAAAGUAGCUCAGAAAUUGUUUUGCAUGGGCACAAAGCAGAGGUCUGCUUACAUUGCAAUGUCUAACAUCUAUGCUAAGUUGGGCAAAUGGGAGGAUGUUGUGAAGGUACGGACAAGAUUGAGGAAUCUCAACGUGAAAAAGGAACCAGGUUGCAGUUGGAUUGAGGUCAAGGAUGCAGUUCAUGUAUUCCUUGUGGACGACCAGAAUCAUCCCGCGAGAGAUAAAAUCCACUUAAUGCUUGAAGAUUUAGUAUCUAAUAUAUCGUUACAUUCUGAGCCUGAUGAUGAUUUGUAUGCAGAUCCAAAAUAG